CUGCCCCAUGGCGGCGCGGGCCCGGCUGUUCCGCGCCCUGUCGCGCGCCCGCGUCUCCCAGGUCUCCCAUGGAAAAUUUGCCAAUAAAACAUGCCUCUGGAGUGGCCUGCUCUGGGGAGAUAUGGUUUUGUAACUUCAGUGUCCUCUCGGUCAACUUCAAACUUUAUUUAUCUGACCAAGAAACAAAUCAGACUUGCUUCCAUCAGUUUUACUCUGUGCAAAGAACUGGAGGCUGCUUCUUUCUCUGAAGAUAGAACACGCAAGGCAAACAAUGGUAUGGAUCGAAUUUUCUCUGGUAUUCAGCCAACUGGGAUUCCCCACCUGGGCAACUACCUGGGAGCCAUCCAGAACUGGGUGAGACUUCAGGAGGAAUAUAACUCCGUGUUAUAUAGCAUUGUCGACCUGCACUCCCUCACAGUGCCCAGGGACCCAACUUCUCUGAGUCAGAGCAUCCUAGACACUACCGCUACCAUCCUUGCAUGUGGUAUCAAUCCAAAGAGAUGCUUUCUGUUUCAGCAGUCACAGGUGCCUGAGCAUGCAGAGCUCGGUUGGAUUUUGGGGUGUUUUACUAGUGUGCCACGUUUACGACGCUUACCCCAGUGGAAGAUAAAGGAUGCCAGCCAAAAUAACGAAGGAAACGUUGGUUUGUUCACGUAUCCUGUGCUUCAAGCUGCAGAUAUUUUGCUGUACAAGUCAACACAUGUUCCUGUUGGAGAAGAUCAAGUCCUGCACCUGGAAUUGGCUCAAGAUAUAGCACAACACUUUAACAAGAAAUAUGGAAAAUUCUUUCCAAUGCCCAGAGCUAUUUUAAAUUCAACAAAGAAAAUAAAGUCCCUCAGAGAUCCAACAGCCAAGAUGUCCAAGUCAGACCCUCAGAAAUUAGCCACAGUUAGCUUAACGGACAGUGCAGAGGAGAUAGUGCUGAAAUUCCGCAAGGCUGUGACUGACUUCACCUCAGAAGUAACCUAUGAUCCAGACAGUCGCCCAGGUGUCUCCAAUCUUGUGUCUAUUCAUGCUGCAGUAACAGGACUCAGCAUAAAGGAAGUAUUACACCAAUCAGUUGGUCUUGACACCGCCCACUACAAAAUGAUGGUGGCAGAGGCAGUUAUCCAGAAACUUGCACCAAUUAGAAGUGAAAUUAAGAGGCUCCAGCAGGAUAAAUGCUACUUGCAGAAUGUUUUAAAGGCUGGAGCAGAGAAAGCCAAAGAAUUAGCUGCCCCUGCAUGCCAGGAGGUAAGAAGAUUGGUAGGUUUACUGUAGAAAUUGCUAAAUAGCGGUAAGCUAUUUUAUUUUCUAGAGCCAACCUUUAUUUAUUUUCUUAGUGAUUUUGAAGGAAUCUUUUAUUUGGGGAAAUCAGACUAGAAAAUCAGAGAUGUUUU